AUGGCUGCAAAGGACCACCCACAGCUGCUCCGGAGAACUUGCUCUCCGUUCCUAGGUCUUUCAGGAAAGCAGCAACCUGUGUUCACUCUACAGCAAGGACCGGUGGAGCUGACAGCAAUUAUACAGCUACUGGUGACUCAGUGCAGUUUUGAGGACGAUCGAGAGGCAGUGUGGAAGUGCCUGCUGCAGGGCUUGGAGUUUAUCCACAUUAUCUUGCUGAAGCCCAAGAUGAACCUCAUGGAUGACCUAAUCCUUCUUACAGCUCCCUGGUGGCAGCAGGAUUUGGAGGACUCCGUAAAGCCCACACAGCAGGCCCGACCCACUGUUAUCCGCUGGUCUGAAGGAGGCAAGGAGGUCUUCAUCUCCGGGUCCUUCAACAAUUGGAGCGCCAAGAUUCCAAUGAUUAAGAGCCAUAAUGACUUUGUGGCCAUCCUGGACCUCCCUGAGGAAGAGCAUCAGUACAAGUUCUUUGUGGAUGGACAGUGGGUUCAUGAUCCAUCAGAGCCUGUGGUUACCAGUCAGCUUGGCACGAUUAACAAUUUGAUCCAUGUCAAAAAGUCUGAUUUUGAGGUGUUUGAUGCUUUAAAACUAGAUUCAAUGGAAAGCUCGGAGACAUCUUGUCGAGGAGAAACCAAGAUGGUGGCAUAGGUAAACACCGGAGUUUGCUGCCUCGCACAACCACUUCAAAAAUACAACUAAAAGCUGGAACGGACAUUACCCAGAUCCACAAGAAGGCUGGUUUAGUGGAAAUUCUACAACUAGAAGGAAAGAGAAAAGCAUACCGAGGCUCAGAGGAGGCGCAGUGC